AUGGCACUGCUGCUGACCGCGCUUGUUUGCCUGCUGCCUGCACCACAUGCAGCAUCUUCCUGCACCUCUGAUGAGACUUCGCUUCUGACACAUGGCCCGCGACAUGAGCACCUGCAAAGACAGAGGCCAAGGAGCCAUGUCUCGGACAAAUCGGUGGAGGAAGCUCAGGUGACGGGUCUUCAAGAUCCAGAUCAGGCAUCUUUGCUCGCACCCUCCAGAAGCUCGGCAACCUGGAAAGCCUACUGGGCCAAGCCGCCCGCCGAGCACAAGCAGAGGAAGAAUCUUGCCGGCAGUGGCGGGUCCCAGUUCACGAAGCUGAAGAAACUGCUGGGUGCCGUUGUGAAGCGAGAGAAGGAGUUGUCGAAGCUCACGGGCGCAGUCAAUGGCAUUUUGUUCCCAGGCAACAACGUGGUGGAUGAUGGGUUGGCCAGCGAGGAAGUGCCCCAAUCUAUCACGAUAACUGGCAGCACUGUGUACGGAAAUGUUAUAGGGGGUAACAGCGGGCUCUCCCACAUUGGAUCUGACCUUCGGACGAUUGGUAACUCUAAGAACGAUGCCAGUUUCAGCUCAGGGGAUUCGAUAACAGAGAGCGGCAACUCUCAGCGGAACCAAGACAUCGACUGGCAUCACGAUGUGUCCAUGCCAAUGAACAAGGAGAAUAUUUGGAGUCACGACGUCGACAUGCCAGUCAACUGGCAUCACGAUGUGGCUAUGCCAAUGACGAAGGAUAUCGACUGGCAUCACGAUGUAUUUAUGCCCACGAAGAAAGAUAAUGUAUUGAGCCAUGAUGUUUACAUGCCUGUUGGUAACACUCAGAGAUCAUUUGGCAUCAGUGCUGGGGAUACACAGUGGCGUCACGAUGUCUUCAUGCCAAUAGGCAACACCAAAAAGACUGUCGAUGUCAGUGCCAAUGGAACGAACAUCCAUCACCGAGUAGACACCGACCUUUUCGACAAGGCAAGCCACCGCUUGGGAGAAAUUGCUUCAUCUCGCUUAGGCGGAAGUGGAGCCGGUACCGACAACGGUGGGGAGCCCCUUGAACUCGGUGGCGAUGGCCUGGGUGACACUGAGUUUGAUGCCAAUGGCAACUUUACCAGCAGCCCUUGA